GAGCGCUUCGGGUCAUAGCUACCUGCGGCGACCCUACACAAGCAGCUAUGAAGACUUUGGCUGUUGUCGUGCUCGUGGCGGUGGCCGCCGGGCAGCAGUUCGACCAACAAAGGCAGUUCAACACUGCUGUCAGACUCGCUACUCCCGGAUACUUCCAACAGUCGGGCAGGUUUUCUUCUAGCCAAGGCAGUGGCAAGCAAUUCCAGAAUAGCCUUUCCAAUUCCAACAGCUUCAGCAACAAUCAGCAAACUUUCUUCCGAUCAGGAUCAUCAAGCUCAGGCGCGAGUUCUGGAGCAUUCCAGAACAGCCAGUUCGAAGCCAAUGCUGGAACCAACCGCGAUCAGUUCCAGGGUGGCCGCUUCCAGCAAACCCAGCAGAAUCGUUUUGCCUCAGAUAACCUCCAACAGAACAGGGCAACUCAAUUCCAGUCAAGUAUCAACAGCCAACAGAAUACUGACAGGUUCACCCAAUCUAGCCAGUUCAGUGGUGCCAACCGUAACCAAGCCAAUGCUAACCAGAUUAAUUCCGGAAGCCAGUUCCAGACUAGUAACAGCCAGUUCACAUCUGGAAACCGUUUCCAGACCAGCAGCAACAGAGGAAGUGCUGCUGGUGCGUUCCUGACCAGCAUCAACCAAGGCAGACAACCCCAAAUCAUCAACAACCAGGCCAACAUUGAGAGCAGUUUCCAGGUCAACCAGCAGGCUAAUGCUUUCCAGGCUAACAAUCAACAGAAUGCUGCUACACGUUUCAGUCAGGAAUCUUCUGGGGCAUUCACUAACCAGAGAGAUUCUCAAGCCUUUAUCCAGGAUAACCAAAGAACUACUGAUUCCAAUGUCCAGUUUGCCAACUCCAACCAGAACUCCAAUAACCGUUUCCAAUUCAACACCAACCAGCAGAGCUCCAUUAACCGCUUCCAGCCUAAUGAACAGCCUUCAAACGCUCGUCUGCAGUCCAGCAUCAACCAGCAGACGUCCAAUGCGCGCUUCCAGUCUAACCUCAACCAACAGACUUCCAACAUUCGCCCUCAGUCCAAUCUUAACCAACAAACUUCCAACGCUCGUCUCCAGUCCAACAUCAAUCAACAAACUUCCAACGCUCGCCUUCAAUCCAACACCAACCAGCAGGCUUCUAACGCACGCUUCCAGUCUAACCUUAACCAACAGACUUCCAACGCUCGUCUUCAAUCCAACACAAACCAGCAGGCUUCUAACGCACGCUUCCAGUCUAACCUCAACCAACAGACUUCCAACGCUCGCCUCCAGUCCAACAUCAACCAACAAUCUGACAAUCGCUUCCAAUCCAACUUCAACCAACAGAACACCAACAGCCGUUUCUCACAGAACUCUCAGUCUCAGACCAGCGCUCUUGUUCGUUCUGGUUCAUCCUUUGAGUCUGCCGCUGACUCUGUCGAUGGCGUCUUUGAGCCUCUGAACCUUCCGUCUGGUGCGAGCUUCCUGCUGGGAAGUAUCUCCACCUCCUUUGAGUGCCUUGACCGGCCAUACGGAUACUACGCUGACCAGGACAACUCGUGCCGUGUCUUCCACAUCUGCUACCCAGCUCUCUUCUCCAGUGGCGCCAUCGAAACCUACCAGUACAGCUUCAUGUGCGGCGAGGGAUCCGUGUUCGACCAGAAGGAGCUCACCUGUGUAGCCGAGCUGGAGGCCAUCCCCUGCCAGGAAUCCUCCAACUUCUACUACACCAAUGAACAGUUUGGUCGUCUUGAGGACAAGACCUUCUAAGCUAAGGAUAAGACGACGGUAAAACGGACUCUUCCUGACCUGACUUGAAAAGCACAUGAACUCUAGAUGUUAUGUGAUCUGUUCACUUUUACAAAAUAAAACUUGAAUCCUGUGA